AUGCCGGACCGCAAAGCCAAGGAGAUCGCCGUCGCAGAGGCGGCCAAGAAGGCAGCCAAGCAGCCUGCGACGAAGCAGGCGGAGCCGCAGCAGACGUACCGCGUGAUCUCUGACGCCCCCAGACCGGUUCUUCGACACCGCCUCCGCGCCGAGUCGCACGAGGACGAGGUGGUAGGCAGGUACGCGAGCUACAACAAGGCCCGGGCCAAAGUGGCCAAGUACCUCGUGGACCAGUACGGCCGCGACUACUUUGACGAGUACACCGAGUCGGAGGAGGGCGACGUGAGCGGCGACUACGAGAUCUAUGCGCUCUGUCCCGAGGGCGAGGAGAUGUGGGUCUUUGUCGAGGCGGAGGGGCCGCUCGACGACUCGUCGUCCGAGAGCGAGCCCGCGGAUGAGGACGACAACGCCGAGGACGACGAGGGCAGCGACGCGUUGGAGGACCUGUAG